CCUUACUUUCUCAUCAUCCUUUUGCUGGUUUUUCUUCUCCCGGGUCCAAUUUACCUUGGAGAAAUUCUACAUUCUGUGUUUGUAUUCAUCUGUCAGGGUAAGUGGUCUAUCCUCCGCAUCCGUUCCAGUCCAUCAAUCAGCCCGAGUGGGGACGAUUGUCGUCGAUAAGCCUGUCAUACCUGGGUAGUAUAUCUAGGGUACCCCAUUCAUCACAACUAUUGUUUCGUCAAAUUUUGCCGUGGCUCAAAGGGAUAUAAUAUUCUAACCAAGUCCCUGGCUUUAGAUUUCUGGCACUAAAAUUGUCUGCCAUGUUUCCGGACGACCAGAGCAUCGUCAACGCCUUUUCCUCCCAGCACCCUUGGACCCGACAGUCCCAGCCUUCGGGUGCUGCGGAAUCAAGGAGACGGGAGCCAUUCCCCGCCUGGAGUGUGAUUGAUGAGACUAAGAAGAAGGCGGAUGCUUUUGCCAAAGAAGCAACCCGCGAGUUCGAUAUCGCCAGCAAGAAAGCACAAGAGAAGACUGGCAAGAUCGAACCAUGGACCCCUAAGUAUUAUGCCGCCUGUAUCUUCGGUGGAACGUUGGCCUGCGGUCUCACCCACACUGCUGUGACUCCGCUGGAUCUCAUCAAAUGCCGACGCCAGGUCGACUCGUCGCUGUACAAGAGUAACAUUGACGCAUUCCGUAAAAUCCGUGGCGCAGAAGGUUUCAGAGGAGUAGUUACUGGCUGGAGCCCAACCUUCUUUGGCUACAGCGCCCAAGGAGCGUUCAAGUACGGAGGUUACGAAUACUUCAAAAAAUUCUACAGUGACCUCGUCGGAGCCGAAAAUGCCAUUCGCUACAAGACUGUCUUGUACCUGUCCGCGAGUGCGACAGCAGAGCUGAUUGCUGAUGUUGCCCUCUGUCCCUUCGAGGCAGUCAAGGUCCGCACACAAACGAGCAUUCCACCUGAAUUCCGCUCGACCUUUGGCGGAAUUUCAAGUGUUAUUGCGAAGGAGGGUGUGUCUGGAUUAUACAAGGGUCUGUAUCCCCUUUGGGGCCGACAGAUUCCUUACACUAUGAUGAAGUUCGCUUCUUUUGAAAACAUCGUCGAAAUGAUAUACAACCGCCUCCCCGGGCAAAAGUCCGAUUACAACAAGGGAGCGCAGACCGUUGUUGCAUUCACUGGAGGUUAUCUCGCCGGUAUUCUGUGCGCGGUUGUGUCGCAUCCCGCCGAUGUGAUGGUGAGCAAGCUCAACGCCACCCGACAGCCCGGUGAGGCAUUUGGUGCUGCCAUGAGCCGCAUAUACAAGGACAUCGGAUUUGGAGGUCUCUGGAACGGGUUGGCGGUCAGGAUUAUUAUGGUUGGCACCUUGACGGGACUGCAAUGGAUGAUGUACGUGAUAUUGCUUUGUUCUGUUUUCUUUUGCCUUUGCUUUUCCCGACUACCCAGUCUCAGGGCGAGGGACCAUUUGCUAACUCAAACCAGUUACGAUUCGUUCAAGAUCUUCAUGGGUCUUCCAACCACCGGAGGAGGCCCAGCUGCCGAGAAGAAGUAGCAGCAACAGCAACAGCAGUAGAUUCAAAGUUAGAGAGAGAGAGAGAGAGAGAG